AUGGGAAAGAUCAUCUUUUAUGAGGACAGGAACUUUCAGGGGCGAUCUUAUGAGUGCAGCUCUGACUGUUCUGAACUUAACUCAUACUUCAGUCGCUGCAAUUCCAUCCGUGUAGAAAAUGGAAACUGGAUGCUGUAUGAGCACCCCAACUAUAGGGGGAAUCAGUACUUCCUGAAAAGAGGAGAAUAUCCUGACUUUUCUCAUUGGACAAGCCACAAUGACUCAAUUAGGUCUUGUCGCAUAAUUCCACAACACCGUGGUACAUUCAGAAUCAGGAUUUAUGAAAAAGAAGACUUUAAUGGUGCAAUGUUGGAGUUUACUGAAGAUUGUCCUCAUGUACAUGAAGAAUUUAGAUAUCCUGAUAUACACUCCUGCAAUGUUCUGGAAGGUCAUUGGAUCUUUUAUGAAGAGCCAAACUACAGGGGACGUCAGUAUUACCUGAGACCUGGAGAGUACAGGAGACACAACGACUGGGGAGCCAUUAACUCUAGGGUUGGAUCCUUUAGACGUGUUCAAGAGUUCUACUGA